GGAUGAACAUUUUUAGGCUUCUAAAAGGACAAAAGCCAUGGACAAAGGUUGGUUUUAUUGAGAGAGAGGGAGAGAGAGAGAGAGAGAGAGAGAGAGAGAGAGAGAGAGAGAAGCUAAAGACUAGGGGGAGUAUCAGCCUAACAGAGCAAUAUAGCCUCUCAAGCUUUCUCCGUGUGUUGACAACCUUCUUGUUUCUCUGAGCUACCGAAGGGGAAGAUGAUUCUGGUGUUUUUACUUUGUUCAUGAGAGCAACAGAUGGAAAAACCAGUGGAGUCAAAGCCUUCAGAUUUCUAUGCUGAUGCUGUUGCAGGAAAUGGGAUCAAAACUGCAUGGCAUCUGUGUUCAAGAACUGCUGUAAUGUAGUGGCCACAGAAUCUACAUCAAUAUAUUGCUGAAGGCAGGCCUCUGGUGUUGUCUGAAGCAGCUUUGCUCAUUCAUGGAGGAAUUUCUUGAGCAUUACAAUAGGGACUAUGUAAGGAAUACCAUGAUGAAGCAUCAAGAGAUCUUCAGACAUCAGAUAAAUGAACUUCAUCGGCUAUAUCGAGUUCAGAAGAUGAUUAUGGCUGAGCUUGGAAGCAGCAAGUUUGAGCUCCAAUCCCACAGCAAUGCAACUUCAAGAAAGCUGAAUUCUGAUACAAGCACAGCAGAUUGGAUCAGUUUAUCUACCUCGGAGACUUGCCAUGCUUCUUGUGUUAGUGAUGCACAUCAGUUCACAGAUCACAUUAAUUCUGAUUGCAGAUACAUGCUUCCAUCUGGUAACUGGUCAGGUCGGAGUGCAAAGGAACUGAUGACCUGCUAUGAAGAUCCUCGUAGAGUGAGCAAAGGUCUCGAUCUUGAACAGCCUGCUGAAGAAUUUACUUUCACAGAAGCAUGGACCAUCCAAGAUCAAGCUCUCAUGUUUAAGAAACAGCUGAAGGAUAACAGCAGCAAGCUUAAAUGCCCACAUAACUCAUGGCUUGAUGAUGAGAGUGAGAUUCAGUUGACAUUAGGCAUUGCCUGUGGAACAGAUAAGAGGCCAUCAGAUUUUUCUGCAUCCAAAUUCUGAUUCAGGGUGGCUGCUCAAAGCCAGAGAUUUCAAGCAACAUCAGGAAUCUGCAGAUAGCUUUUGUAGAGAAUUACCUGAGUGAAAAACUUAGGUACCAUCUUUGCAAAAACUCGAGCUGAAAACUUCUUGAAACUAAGUUGGGGAAUCAAUGACUAGGCCAAUAGAAGAGUCUGAUUAUGAGGCCGAGAUCUGAUCCACAGAGAAACUUGCAGAAUUUUCAAUGGCUCUCUGAUCUUCUUUCUGAUUGGCAUCUGGUCUUGUUCCAGCCUUUCAUGCAUCUGGUCUUUGUGAUUGGCAUUCCAAGAGUUCAGCUGGGUUCAACACUUGCUCUGGUGCAGGCUGCUGAUCGAGAUGUCAGUUAAUUGGAGGAAUGAGAGAAUUUGACAUUGAACCUCACAUUAUUUAUUGAUCAGGCUUCAAAAGCAACCUCUUCUCUUCCUUGGUCUUGAGGUUGAAUUUUUCUUGGCCAGGACUUGCUGGUCUCAACAAAAAUAUUAGUACAAAUUAUUUAUAUUGUAAAAGAAAAUGGAUAUGAAUAACUUCUCAUACCACAUAUUAAUCCAUCAGGCAUGCAUACAGGGAGCUAA